CGAUAAUCGAUUGGGAUGAAGAUCAAGAGCUUGAAGGAGUUCUACCAAUUCAAGCCACAAGUUUUACCACUCCGCGACUUUACUCUCUCUAACGAUCUCUUACAGUAUAUCUUCCACACAAGGCCAGAUAAAUGUUCUUUCUACUCCUCGAUUUCUUGCGAUUCAGGGGACUUUCUCUUGUUCGACUGUGGAUACUCUGCCCCAAACAGUUUCCUCUCAAGAUGUACUGUGGUGCCCAUUGAGUCCCCAGAGGAACUUCUACAUCAAUUGAAAGAACUCCUCUCUGUCAAUUGCAGCCUCGACCUUACUCUUUCCACCCUUGUUGUGGAGAAUGUUUCAGAUUUCUACUUCUCAUUAAAAUUGAACCGGAACUUUGUCUUUUACACAGACUUGACAGAAAUACUACGAGACAUUUCUGUCAAGUAUAAGUGUAAUGUCAUUGUUACUUCUUGGGAUAAUCAUUAUGAGAGGGGUUACAAUUACCGGGCUAAGGACACGGACUCUGAGGUAGACUUGACUAAUGAGAGUAACAAGGGGACUCUCGAUAGCAUCACCUACCUUCCCAAGGUAUAUAUGGAUCUGUUUGAUCAUGUUCUCUACAAAGAUAAAAGAUAUUUGAGAGAUGAGAACAAAUGGGUCCUUAUACAUGAACCACUUACAUCUACAACAGGUUGCCACGGUUGA